AUGUUUCGUUUCGUGCUAAUACUGUCGGCAAUGACGGUAGCCGUUAUGGCUCAUCCCACCAGGAUGGUUCAUCCUUCCGAGAUGGCUCUUAUUCUUGGAGAAGAAGAAUUUGAGGACUACCUAGACAAAUAUCUAGCUGUAGAAGAAGAGAAUUGGAUUAAUGCUACUUCCUCUCCUCGCAGUGGGUGUACUCUGAGAGUUAACGGAGACUUUGGUCAACCUCAACCCGUGUAUAUCAGUAGAAGAACUAAUAAUUAUUUGGCUGCAAGUGGAAACUCAGGUCAGGUUCGACUCAGCGCCGGAGAAGAAGUAAUCGUUUCCUGCCCAAACAACCAAGCUAUCCGCCAUCCGAACAUCGUAUCUACAGUCCAUACCGCUACUGCCAGGUGCGUUAGCAAUAAUUUAUUUUCGGGAGCUGGAUGGUUAAAUGGUAACAGAGCUUUUGGUCAACUAACUUGUGCCGGUCACGCUUUCUACCAAGCUCAGCAGACAAGUACAAGAUGCUUCAACAACGGCGUUGUUAUUCGUGUGGGUUUUUCCGUCAACAAUCGAUUUUAUCCUCUCUACCAUUCCUGCUACAAUCAAAACCGUAUGGAAGUUUUAUACGUGUGGUAUAACCAAAACGCUAACAAUGCAGUGCAUCAAUCCGGAGUUGGUAGACCAAAUUGGUUAGCUGGAGGUUUCUUCCCUGGUGUCAACAUCAACAACCUUUACACACAAGCAAGCCAAAAACGAGCUAUUGCAAGACUAGUAGGAAAUGCCUUAGCUGAUAAAUACGUUACGAACACCCAAUUCCUUGCUCGUGGUCAUCUUGCUGCUAAAAGUGACUACAUUUUCGCUACUGGACAACGUGCCACCUUCUUCUUCAUCAACGCUGCUCCACAAUGGCAACCUUUCAACGCCGGCAAUUGGAACAAUCUAGAGCUGAAUCUGCGAGCUCGUAUCGGUAGAGCUGGUUUUAACACAGUCAUUUACACUGGAACGUUUGGUGUCACCCAAUUACGCAAUUCUAACGGUCGCAUGGUUGAUAUAUAUUUGGACAAUAACAGAGUUCCUGUACCUCAAUUCUUCUAUAAGGUGGUGUAUGAUCAAUCCAGACGUCGUGGUACAGCAUUCAUCGGUUUAAAUAACCCUCAUUACACUCUGGCUGAAGCUCGCAGAUUACAGUUCUGCACUGACCGUUGUCGUAAUAACAAUGCAUUCAGCUGGAUCAACUGGAGACCUGAUCGUAUGGACCUUGGUUAUAGCUUCUGCUGUACGAUCCCUGACUUCAGAAGAGUCAUCGGUCACAUACCGAACCUCGAUGUUUCUAAUGGUCUUCUUUCUUAA